AAGUCAUGAUGUUUUUCCGAUAAAACGAAUAUAUUGUUGAUUCAUCAACAGAGUGAUUUGUCAAUUUUUCACCAUUAUCAUGAAUUUCUACUUAUCACUUCUCAAGAAAGAAAACAACCUUAACCAAGUCAGAAACAAGAUCAAACAAUACCUGGAGUUCUCCCACAUCUACAACCCUGACGAAUUCAGUAUCAUAUCAACCCUCCUUUACUCAAUAACCAUAUACUUUGUGGCUCAAACCGUCUACCUAAUCGUCACGUUCUGGGAGGAAUGGAGUUUCAACCUACGUGUAUCAGCUGUGGAGAGCCUAAACUUCACAUUCGGCGUCAUUUUUCUCUCGAGUGAUCUCUAUCUGAUGCCCGGGAAAACUAAAAUCCUGAUGGAAAUGCUAAAAUGGCGACACCAUGUGAAAAACCAUGGGAACUUGGGGUUGGAGAUCGAUAUGUUGAAAGAGAAACUGACAUUUUUGGAGAAGAUGGAGGUGGAAUCUGUUAACUCAGCUAACGCUAUCAAGAAAGUUUUAAACUACGUUUAUCUGAACUACUUACUUACCCCAGUUUUCGGAUUAAUCUUUUAUUUUCUAAAAAUCAUCAACCUUGAUAACCUCACCCUGCCCUUUAUCAUACACAUCCCAACCUAUAACGACCCUUUCAAAUUCGAAAACCUUCGACAUUUUUUCCUAUCAGCUUCAUUUUUAUCCAUCUACAUAAUCUACACAGCUGUUUUGACAAUCACAAUUUUUCAAGUCUCGUUUUUGUCAGUGAAUAAUGUUAUCACUGAGAUGCAGCUACUUCUGUUGAGUUUGAAAGAGUUUAAUGUUAAUUUUCCGGUCGGUUUUGAUGAUGGGGAAACUGGAAAAUUGGAGGAAAAUGAUAGAAAAAACAGGUUGAAGGCUCUGUUCAAUGAUAUCUGUGAGCAUCAUCAGUAUAUAUUCAGGAAAAUCGAUAUUCUGAAUGAUGGCUACCGGUACCGUCUAUUCUACGUGAACACAUUCACAUGUCUACAGCUCUGUUUUGCCCUAUUCUGUUUACAGAAAGGAGAUUUAGGUAGUAAAGUGAGGUAUGGAUUACUGUCGGCUGCUGUCAUAUUGACAAACUAUGUCUUCUCUGAGAACGGGCAAAGGCUUGAAAAUGAAGGUGAAAAAUUGCGAGAGGCAUUUUUUGAUUGCAGUUGGAUUGGCAAACCUCAUUGGUUGAAAAGUUCACUUGUUAUACUCCUGACCAGAAUGACGAAGUCGCCCAAAAUCCACUCAUACGGUAUCUUCACUCUCAACAAGAACAAUUUGAAAAUUGUAGGUUUCAUGAAUCCAUGA